AUGCCGCUCGUUGUCCCAGGUAUUCAUUCCUCGUUGGCCGAAAACAAGAAGAAUGACUGGCUCGACGAGCUUAUGGGCAAGAAAUUGACCGACUCUAAGACCGAUGAACUGUCAUUCGCAAAACAAGACUUACCUCCCAACCAUCGCAUCUUGGGACCAGAUACUACUAUGAUUCCAGACUAUCAGCCUGAUAGACUGAUCAUUCGCGUCGAUGAUGAGGGUACCGUACGUGAUGUCCGAUAUGGUUGA